AUGGACAGGAAUGGGCCAUCAUCUACGGACAGGAAUGGGCCAUCAUCUAUGGACAGGAAUGGGCCAUCAUCUAUGGACAGGAAUGGGCCAUCAUCUAUGGACAGGAAUGGGCCAUCAUCUACGGACAGGAAUGGGCCAUCAUCUAUGGAUAGGAAUGGGCCAUCAUCUACGGACAGGAAUGGGCCAUCAUCUAUGGAUAGGAAUGGGCCAUCAUCUAUUGACAGGAGAGACAUAUUAAAAAAAAAAAAAAAAACAAUUAACUACCUGGCCAGUGUUGAGCUCGACAGUUGGGCGGCUAGGGGUUCCAGAAGAGGCUCGGCUCUACCGCCAUUUUGUACGUCAUUGGUUCCUACUGAAGCCUCAUCUCGCACAGAGAUAUUACAGGCAGUUUCCAGCGCCAUCAUUCACCUUUUCCAGAGAAAACCAUUGAAAGAAAAUCAGUUAGGCUUGCUACAGGAGCAUGUCAGAUUUCUUAUUGGCUCAGAAGCUGGUGGCCUAGUUCAUGAAUAUUACAAAGACCAGCUCUUGAGAAAAGGAAUGAUUAUCUUGCGAGAAAAAAUCAAGAAUGAACAAGGUCUAGAGCUGCUGAAGCAGUUGAACGAAACAUGGCAGUAUUUUUUCAAAGAAAUACUUCCAGCUUUGCAGGCUAUACUUUACCCUUUAGCAGGACUGUUGGGGAAAGAUGAAACUGUACGUUCCUUGUCAUUGCUUGCCUUCAGAAACAUAGUUGUUCUCAAAGUUAGCUUGAAAGAGGCCUUAGAUUGUGUGGAGAAGCAUUUAUAUCCAUCCAACAUACAGCAAAUGCUGCUGGUUUUACAGAGCAUUCAAGACAAUGUUUUCCUAUCAGAAAACCAAUUCAUAUUAGAAAAGCUUGUAGCAAGAGUGGUUUGUCCAUACCUAGGACAGAGAGGCAUAUAUGAAGGCAGCCCAAACCCAGUUAUCAGAGUCAAACUUAAACCUAUUCCCAUUCCUCUUUUGGUUUUACCAGACAGUCAACAACCUGAACACAGACUUGAUUAUCAAAAAUCUUCCUUGUCGGUGUCACCAUGGAGAGGAAUCCACGAUAACAACAACAGCGUUACAAAACUCAAACCUGUUCUUGAGCAUGUUUAUGAUGGAGGGAGACGACACAGCAUUAUUUCAUGA